AUGAUGGCUGCUUUUGUUAGAGUCUCGGGACCACCUAAUAGUAAUUUUCUCGUUGGGUACCCUGGGAUAUCAGCAACAUUGCCUCGUAUUGAAGGCAGAGUAGAAAUCCGACCUCUGACCGGAAUCUCAGCGCCAGUUGCAAUCUCUCUGGUACGCAUAUGCCUACUUCGGCGUGAAACCAUCCAUCCCUCGGCCGAGUCGAUCGCCAAGAAGCAUCUUGGCGCACCACGAAAAGAAAUUUCUGACUUGGUCGGAAAAGAGUUGCUGUUAUUUCGUUGCUCCACAGGAAAGGAAUAUGAAAGUGUUGUGUUAAUGGACUUACCUUUCGUACUCUUCAUCCCGUUUGGUCGCGAAGGUCAAGAAGUUAACCGACGGAUACCGCCAGCAUCGCUACAACUCCCGAGUCGAACAGCGGAGACCUUUUUUGAGUUGGUUGUCACUGUUCAGCAGGGCCAGGAGCUCAAGAAAUUUGCCUUCCCCGUCCCAAUCCAGAGAUAUGAUACUCUAUCAACCUUUGGAAUGUAUAAUCGGCCCGAAUCUGCGGAGAGGACAACUGACCAUCUAGUCACUCUGGGAAUGUCUUUGCCACGAUGCUCGUAUGGCCCUCUAGAUUUGGUUAGCGUGUAUGUUAAGCUUUCACCUAAUCCAGAUUGGUUAAAUAAAGCCAAAAAGAUCAUGAUUCAAAAAAUUACUGUAGUAAUUGAGGAAGAGAUCACAUUCAACCCUGAAGGUGACGAACCAAACAAGAAAGUCAAGGAAAUAGCCAAGCACAAUCAGCCAGUCAAUAUACGCCUCCCUGAAAAUGGUUACGUAACGAAUUUAGGGCUUGUCUUUCCUUCAAAAGACCCCCGUAACCCAGUUGACGGCUUCACCCGGCGUGGGAAGGCUGCAUUUCCGAUGCAUCUAGUCACAAGUUUCACAACAACAAGUACCCUUUACAAAAUUGAUUUUUUCCUACGAAUCAAGGCUCACCUAUAUGGGGCCAAAGAUAUUACUCUACGACAUCCCAUCAUUGUCUGUCCUCUCGAUCAUCAAGAUUGUCGCGAAGAGAUGGAUGCCAUCGAGCAGGCCGCCAAAGAUGCUGCCAUGAUUGAUCCACAUAACCCAAUGUUGCCAGCCCCCACCAUCAUCAAGGCCAGUGAUCCUAAUGCCUUACGGGCUCUUGGACUUGCAAUAGUUGGAGGCCUUCACAAAAUGUUGAUAAACUGA